CGAAACGUCAGCUUUUGUGCUCCUGAGAUGCUGCUUGGCCUGCUGUGUUCAUCCAGCCUCACAUUUUAUUAUCUUCAAAUUCUCCAGGGUCUGCAGUUCCCAUUAUCUCUGAUACAAAAUGAUUUAAGACUACACUCCGCCGAUUCGUCAGGAGCUCAGCUUUUGUUUCGAGAGGAGAGAGAGACACCGGCGUAAUUUAUCCUCCUUUAGCCCGCAUUAAAGAUAAUAUAAUUUAUGCUCUGCUUCUUUUCUUACACUUUUGGUUGUAGGUGCAGGAGAGGAUGGUAAAUGGUGUAUCGAAUGUACUGAUGUGAAGCCGUGGUUUCUGGCGUUGCCUUGGAAACCGGGCGCAGGGAGGCUGUGGCCUGGAGAGGACGAUGGACGGAGGGGAUGAGCCGGUGGUCUGCGGCCUGGACUCUAGGUAGGAAUCGAAGGGGGUUUCCUGAGGUUCUUCAUCGCCGGAAUGUUUUCCCCGAGAGCGGCCCUCCACCCCCGCAGUCUCAGAUACUGACAGAAAACAAUUCCCCUACUUUUUCCAAAGAUUGAACACUUGCACUGAUGGUGGACGCAGAUUCAAGCCUCGGCUUUCAGAUGACGGGAACCGGAUAAGCUCCUGCUUGUGGAAGAAACCGGUUUGCGAGGCCAAGAAAAUUGUGUGACUGGCCUGGCCAGCUUGUUCUAUCUAAAGAGGUAGCAUAGGUUUGAUGGGCCGAUUGGCCUUCCGCGCCAUACUACAUGAGAAUUCGGUUUAUUGACACGCCAACUCAAGUACAGGAGUACCGUGAAAAGUGUACAAAUUCGACGUUCCUGGUGCCAUCCUCGGCACAAAAGAACUUAAACAUAAAAUCUCACGUACAAUGUAGGAAAAUAAAGCAAUAAAUUACGAGUUCAACUUUACUAUUCUUAGUAUAAAUUAUAUAAAAAGGGAAUAUUGUUUAAAUUUCACGUUGUAAUCUUUGUGUAACCAUGGGCUGCAGUCAUUCCACACGGGGCAGUCUCCACAAGGAUACACAUUUUCCCCCUGCACUGAGCUCACACACCCUACAGGGACGUGCUGACCCCCAUACUGGGCUGAAUUCCUCAAUGCUAACCUGGGCUCGCCUGCCAGUUUACCAGUGAAUGACAUCUGUUCUGUAAUUUUACGUUGCAUAUCCUCAGGAUGCUUUGCCUUGAGUUGGAAGGUCUUAUCUCCCAUUCAUGGCUUGAUAGCACAAGCUGGAAAGGAGGGCUGGUAUUGCUAUGACCAUUGUAUGUACCAGGGAGCCAGUUACUUUCUCUUUCACAAUAUGCUUAUUACAGUAAUGUCCUGUGUUCGACAAACAACAAUGCGACUGCAGAUUAUUUGAAUGUUAAGUAUUGGCCAAAACAUUGGGAAUAAUUCCUCUACUCCUCUUUGAUAUGGUAUUGUGAGACCUUUUACAACCAAGUGAGUGGACAAGUGAUGCCUGAAUUGAAUGACUCAUUCGGAAUGCCUGUGAAGGUGCAGAACCUCCUCACUCCUGCAUGGAACACUCAGCCUAGAUGUUGUGCUCAAGGCCUGUAGCCACGGAUCAUUUGGGUGAAGAAGUGAAUUCCCAGAUUUUUAACUUGGCAGCUGAAGUUGCAGAAAGCUCAAAUGAUAAGAUUCCUAUCCUCCUGCUAAAACUGAAAGAAAUCCUGAAGGAACCACCUGUAGAAAGCAAAGAGCAACAGAAACUAAAAGAGGAUAUUUAUUAUUAUGACCUGAUUCAAUAUUGUAUAUUGGUGCUUAAACAAGACUACCACAACAUUCCAGGAAGCUGGUCCACGGCAGUAGAUCUGGCUGAGAUAGUCAGUACUGUCUGUGUGGGUCUGAAUCCAAAGGAAGAUGUUGAAGAGUUUUAUGGAAAGGUUUUGCCAUCAGCUGCAGACAAUCUGAUGCUGCUGGCACGCCGCCUGCAAGUUCGAUUCCUCCAAGCUGUUGAGAAUGACGUCAAGCAAGAUUUUCUGCGCUGUUUCCUCAAUGUGACUAACUCCCUUUGCUGGCUUCUUAGUGACCACAUUGAGCUGAUUCAACAUGUGCUUCAGUCUGAUCGUCUCCUUCAGUUGUUACUCACUGACGAUGUGGAAACUGGAGCCGUUAUGGUGUCUAUCCUGCUUGGUAUUCUGCAGGUGAAUCGGACAGUAUUGUUCUCUAUGGAAGAGAAAAAUGUCCGCAUAAUCCUGGAUGAAUUAAUUUACAAGCUUUUUGCAACCACCAAUCCAGUUAUAGGAAACACAUCGAUCAAACUCAUGCUGUUGAUAGCAGAGACCCAUCCUCCCACCUUGAAGAUACUUUGCAACGAUUACAAAGGUUUACGUCCUCUCUUGAAACAAUGGACAGGAAGAGGCUUUGACAAGGAGUUAAAUCAUCUUUUGGAACUCCUUUAUGCUGGGUCCACACAAGGAGUAAGCCAACAGAAGUUCCACAGAUCUGCAUGCUUGAUCCAAGCAGCAUGGAGAGCAUAUCAGAUUAGAAAACGGGUGAAGAGUCUUCCAAAAGUGGUGACAACUUUACAAAGGAGUUUCAGGGCAAAACGUGAGCGGGAAAUUCAACAACUGGAGAAAAGAAGAGAGGAGGAGGAGCUUAAACAUCUGCUUCAGCUAAGACGACAUCGAGCUCUCCGAGAGUUUCAGCAGCGCCAACUGAGCUUACUGGAAUUAGUUCCUGCAAGUGAAGUGAACAAGUAUCUUCAGGAAGAGAGAGAACGGUCAGCACUGAUUAUUCAGAAGGUCUGGCGUGGACACAGUCUCAGAAAGGACUUUGACAAACGGAAACAGGCCCUUAAGGAAUUCAAAGCAGCUGUUGUUAUCCAGAGAGCUGUCUUGAAAUUCUUAAAAAAGCGUCAAAACCUGAGAAUGCGCAUCAUGCUCUGGCAGGGAUCAACAGGUCUCACCGACACACGGAGACUCGAACUGCGUGCUAAAGUGGAUGCAUAUGCCAAACUUCAUCCAGUUCCUCAAGUGUCCGAGGAGACAACAAAAGAGCGACAUUCCCAGGCUCAGGAGAUGUUGGGCCAGUACCUCAUGAAGAGAAACUUGGAGCGGAAGUCGGAGCAGCGGCAGGAGGCACUGCUUGCCCAAAUCAGCACAGACAUUGAGCUACUGAUGAAUGCUCCAGGUUUGAAGGAGGCCACAGAGAUGGAUGUGGAGGUGUUCAGUAGCAGGUCCGGACCUAUUACAGCCAAGGCAAGGCAGUCCCACAACACCAUGCUACAGCACACAUGGGGGCCCUGGUGGAAGAAGCUGGGUGAUGAGUUUCAGGAUCCUGAAAUGAUCUACACUGAGGACAUGGAUAUUGAUCUGAUGUUGUGACGUAGGUACCUUAAAAACACUGGCUGGGUGCCGCCACAUAUUGGCUGAACAUAGGCCUGAAUGGCAAGUGGGUAGCCCAUGACUCCAUGGUGUGUGUAGCUGAUAAGUAUGGUCCUCACUGGUAGGACAUGUUCUAAACAUGAGCACUUGUGUGCUUGCUCUGGGUACUUUUGUCAGGAGCUACAAGAAGAAAAGGUAGGAUUUGUAUGGUGCUUUUUUUAAAAGCCGCUGAUGCAGUGUAGGAAAAGCAGCAGCUGAUUUGCACAAGGCAAGAUUCCAAAUUCAGUGAUGUUAAUCUGUUUCAGUUGCAUUUUUUGAGUGGUGAAUGUUAUUGAGGAGAACUCUAUUGCUCUUCUUCCCCUGGACAAGCAGAUAGGCACACAGUUCAUCGAGAAGUUGGCUUUGUGGCAGUGCAACAACGCCCCAGAAAAAGCUGCAUCACAGAUGUUAAUCUGAGAUAGUAGGCACUGCCGAUGCUGGAGUCUGAGAUAACAAGGUGCGGAGCUAGAUGAACACAGCAGGUCAGGCAGCAUUAGAGGAGCAGGAAAGCUGGCAUUUCGGGUCUGGACCCUUCUUCAAAAAUGGGGGAGGGGAAGGGGGCUCUGAAAUAAAUUAGAGAAAGGGGGAGGAAAUGAUUGAAGGUGAAUAGUGAAGCAGAUAGGUAGAGAGAAGACGGACAGGUCAAGGAGGUGGGAAUGAAGCAAGUAAAGGUGAGUGUAGUUAGGGAGUGUUAAUCUGUUGUGUUGGUGUCACGUGAGGGGUAAAUGUGGAUCCCUAGCAUUGGGAGGCUGUAGAGUGAACAGCAAGGCCAGAAAAAUUUGGAAUUCUCAGCCCAGAAAUAGGCGUCUGAUGACAAGCACAUAAGACAACACACAGCACAGAAAAAGCCAAAUGCAAGAUAUUGCUUCGAUAAAAUACAGGCAGAAGAUCUAAACAAGUAAAGACAAAACUUGGACCCUUAGGAAAAUGUUUCAGACAAAGAAAAUGAUGAAUAUCUGAAGUGAAUUUCCAGACCAGAUAGUGGAUGCAAAGACCUUGGAUGUUUUAAGAAACAAUUGAGCGUGUUAUAAGUGGAGGUAUAUUUUCUCUGAAUGGGUAGAAUACAAUGGGAUGAAUGACC